UCAGCGCUCGAACGUUAGCGCGUGCGCACUAGGGCGGCGCGGGAAUUCAAAUUUGAACAGGAGCUUUUUAUUUUUUUUCUCCAUUUCCCAGAGGACGGCCGAGCUUAAAGAAGACAAGUUGACUUCUCCUUUUAUGCACUUCUCACUUCUCGCUGCUUCCAACACUUCAUUUAGUUGCGCUCCGAAUGGAUCCUUUUACGGAGAAACUGUUGGAGCGGACUCGUGCUCGCAGAGAAAACCUCCAGAAAAAACUAGCUGAGCGACCAAAUGCAGCCAAGGUGGUGAAAAGAGGCAGAGAGCCUCUGAUUGACAACAACGCUGUGAUUGGUCAGCCAGUCGCUCCCAAAGCGGCCUCCACCAAACCGUCUCCGUCCAAGCGCAGGUGCUCAGCGGAGAAUGUCGAGCCGGCGGCGCGAGAGCAGGACGGGGGCGUGGCCUCUGCGCUCCAGGACCAUCCGCCCUCGGACCGCAAGCCUCCACCUGUGCCCACAGGUGAGCCAGCAGGGAGGAAGGAGGAGACUCCAGGUGUGGAGUCUGACGAGGCGGCGGAGCUUCCUCAAAGUCCAAAGAGCAGCGAGGAACCAGAAGAAGACUCUGCUGCCGCUGGCAUGAAGUCUCGUCUGCAGAGGCUUGCUGAGCAGAGGAAGGGCUGGGACGGCAAUAACGGUGUUGCGAGCGACUGUGCACCGGUGUCUUUGCUGAGGAGAGAAGAACACGUCCCGGUGUCCUCGUCAUCGGAAGGUCCAGUCGGUCGGCGAGGCAGACUGGCUCACCUGGCGGCCACCAUUGGAUCCUGGGAAGAUGACCUGAGCCAUGCCAACCUUCCCAAAGACAAAGUUCCUGCAAAGUCCACCGCAGUUUGUGCUGCCCAGUUGAGCUUGAAGGACGCAAGUUUGUCUGCUGGCGCUAAAGGAAGCAUGGCAAGUCAUGUGACCACUGCACCUGCCAGCAAGUCUUCAGGUCAGGUGACCACUGCACCUGCCAGCAAGUCUUCAGGUCAGGUGACCACUGCACCUGCCAGCAAGUCUUCAGGUCAGGUGACCACUGCACCUGCCAGCAAGUCUUCAGGUCAGGUGACCACUGCACCUGCCAGCAAGUCUUCAGGUCAUGUGACCACUGCACCUGCCAGCAAGUCUUCAGGUCAGGUGACCACUGCACCUGCCAGCAAGUCUUCCGGUCAGGUGACCACUGGACUUGUCAACAAGUCUUCAGGUCAUGUGACCACUGCACCUGCCAGCAAGUCUUCCGGUCAGGUGACCACUGCACCUGCCAGCAAGUCUUCAGGUCAUGUGACCACUGCACCUGCCAACAAGUCUUCGGGUCAUGUGACCACUGCACCUGCCAACAAGUCUUCACUCGUCGCAAAUCAGCUUUCACCUUCCUUCACAAAGUCAAACCAAGGGGUUCGUCCAAGCCCUCAGAAGGUGGACCCUCGUCCAGUGCCGAGCCCCCUCAAGACUGUGCCGCCAUCUUCAAGAUCAGUGUCUUCGAGCCCUUUGAAAAGCACACCUGUGGCCACAGCUUCCAUUUUAGCCUGCAGUCCUCAGAAACUACAAGUAUGUGCUAAAGCCAACACGCCAAAGUCUGCUGCUCCUGGUGUGAAGUCUUUCCUAGAACGAUUUGAAGAGCGAUGCCAAGACCGCACCAACCCGUGUUCUCCAGCAGGGGGCGCCUCCCAGACGCCGACCCCCAAGAGUGGACUCGGGCUCAGGAACGCCCAGUCAGCAAAAACCACAACAGCUGAUCUCGUCCAGAAACAAAAACUGGAGCGGGAGUCUGAACUGGCUCAGAUCCACACGCGUGUCCAAGGGAACAAUAUGUGGAAAAGUGCAGAGAGCAAGGGCAAAGCAGAGGAGAGGGACGCUUGUGAGCCAAAAGUUCAACCAAAACCACAUUGCACUGAGAUCAUCUCGCCAGUAGCAGCUUGUGGAUUGCUGGAACCUACCCCAAACUCCACACGCAUCCCACUGGAGGAGGAGGUGGACGAAAGCAGCAAAGAGGACGAAGGCAAGGAGAUAGAGAUGAACGUCGAUCACUCCGCAGUGAUCGACCGUCUUUUUGACGGACUUCACGACGAAGAGGAGGAUGAGGAAGAAGAUGCCUUGAAUAUCUCUUCCAUGUCGCUUCUCACACCGCUCGCAGAAAGUGUCGCCGCGGUGUACAGUCCGGACAGGAGCAUGAGAACUUCAACUCCAGCUCAUUCAUUCAUUGUGAAGAAUAAAACUCCAGACAAGCCUUGCCAGCAGAGUCCAUUCCAGAGAAGCAACAAAAGAAAGAGCAGCUCGUCUGACGGUGUCGACGCCUCAGAGGACGAUCAAAAGCUACCUUACAGGUACUCAAAGUAG